UGACUGAGUCCCUGCAGCUGAUUUCACAUUAAAGUCCGGUUCUGAAGAACUGCGCUCUAGUCUAAGUCCAGUUUCAGGGUCUAGGGGAGGAGCGGAUACCAGCAGAUCUUUGGACUGUUUCCAGACUCGGUGCGCACUUCCAGAUCUGCGUCAUGGCGGCUCAGACUCGAGCUCUGGUUUCCACUCAGUGGCUUAUAAACGCAGUCAGAACCAACCGGGUCGGUCCGAAGCUGCGGGUUCUGGACGCUUCUGUUUACUUGCCGUACCUGAAGCGGGACGCCAAAGCGGAGUUUGCGCAGCGGCACAUUCCGGGCGCGUCGUUCUUCGACCUCGACGCCUGCAGCGACCAGAACUGCGGACUGGACCUGAUGUUCAUGUUACCGGAUCCCAGCAGCUUCUCCCGGUACGUCGGAGAUCUCGGAGUCAGCAACGACACGCACGUCGUCGUGUACGACGGCAGCGACUUCGGCUCGUUCAGCGCGCCCCGGGUGUGGUGGAUGUUCCGGUUGUUCGGCCACAGCUCGGUGUCGGUUCUGGACGGAGGGAUGCGGGGCUGGAUGGCUGACGGCGGCCCGCUCACUGCAGAGUCCAGCCGACCGGAGCGCACCGACUUCAGGGCGACUCUGAACCGGUCCUGGGUGAAGAACUACGAGGAGAUUCUGGAGAACAUCAGAACCAAGCGGGUCCAGGUGGUGGAUGCCCGAGUAGAGGGUCGGUUCAGAGGCACCGAACCGGAACCAAGACCAGAUGUCCUACCUGGACAUUUCCCUGGAACCAUCAACAUGCCGUUCACCAGUUUCCUGGAUGAAAGUGGGAAGCUGCAUGGAGCUGAGCGUCUGUCGGAGAUGUUCAAGGAGGCAGGUGUGGACCUCCAGAAGCCUCUCUGGGCUACCUGUGCGUUAGGUAUCACGGCCUGUCAGGUAGCUCUGGCUGCUCACCUGCUGGGACACCCUGGGGUUUGUAUCUACGACGGGUCCUGGAGUGAGUUUUUCAUGAAAGCGCCUCCAGAGUACAUCAUCUCUGAAGGAGAAGCCAAGAAGGUCUGAAGCGGCAGGAUGAUGCUGGAGUCUCUUCAGAAAAAAAAUUAGACAGUUUACAGCUUCACGAACAGCCUGAAUCUCCACAAUUUCCACAAAACAUUAGCUUAAUAUAUGAAAUACCUUCAGAGAUAAUUUUCACUCCUAUUUUUCAUCAUGGCCUUCACCUCGUGUCUCUUUGUGUUUGUUUCAUAACUUUUUGUUGUGCUUUUUUGUCUUUUCGUGUUGCUUUUGCAUCUCUGUGCUUCACUGUCAGGACUAUGCAUUAACUGUGGUGGUCAAGAAAAUUUGAUGUUAUGAACUGACCUCCACACUGUGUCUCUUUGUGUUUGUUUUGCAACUUUAUGUGGUAGUUUUAUGUCUUUUUGUGAUGGUUUUGUACCUCCGUGCUUCUCUGUCAGGACUAUGCAUUCAUGGUGGUAGUCCUGGUCAGGUUCAGACCAAACAUGCUGGACUCCAUCUGAGCCCAACUCAUUUAUCUUCAUCUGUGUGCUCAUUUGUGAAGUCUGACUCUGUACUUCACUGGUUUUUAGUUGCUCACUGAUCUUCCUGGAUCCUUUUCCAUCUUUUUCGAGUCUCUCAGUCAGAUUUUUCAUUUUCUCUGUUCAGUUCUUUUCCAUGUGGAGUUAUGAUGCAGACAUAGAUAGACCCAGUCCAUAGGUCCAGAACUGAGAACCUUCUGCUGUUCUCAGCUCAUGUUAGAACCAUGUUCAUCAGUUAGACUGAUUGAAAUCACAGCUGGAUUCACUUUGAGUUUCUACUUUGGAGCCUGAGUUUUCAGUAACAGUUGGUUUUUGGUUCACAAGAGGAAAUGUUUUGUUUUUUAGUCAGAAAUUAUGGAGUUUUUGAGAGGUGACAGUUUAGAAUAUUCAGCAUUUAAAUUGUGUUGCCCAGCACUCAUGUCUGUUGUGAACUGUAGAAGCAGAUUAAAGCACCAGCCUCAGAGUAGAUUGUACUAAUACUGAAUAAAUAGAACACUAUAGAAGAGCAAUGAAGGUGUUUUCAAACUUAACUAACUCAAGUGACAAGUCUGAACACCUUCAGGAACUGUACAUCGAUGUUGUCUGAGGAUUUUGCAAAUAUCUGAACUUUUUGUCUAAAGUUCUGAUCAGUUUGUUCCCUUUAACAACAACAAAUAAAAUGAAUGAGUAAAGUGCUCCAGUCUUUCUUAUUACAGGCAGAUUGUUCCAUCUUUAGUCCUCUAAACUCUGCCCAGCUCCUGAUAUCAAGGAGAAACUGUUUAUUCAGUAACCAGAAAGUCAAUAUUUAUGUGAGAGCUGCAUGGAAGCUAAAGGGCAGCGAGCUGAAAGGUGCGGAUCACAGCCUCCAGGGUUAUAAAGAAUGAUCCAGUCUGAAGUUCUGCACCUUAAUGCACCUUAAUGCACCUUGAACCCAGCAAAUAACAAAAAUGCUGCUUUGUCUGAUGCCAAGAUGCCUUAUUUUCUACACAAAGUUUCUAUUUUUAGUCUUUUCUUACAGUCUGUGUGUAGAUGUUUGAUUUUGACUAAUGAUGAUGGAAUAAAUGAAUGUAAUGUAAAAGACAAAAAUAAAUAAAUUGAACCGAAUUCUUGUUUAGAGAGUUGCUUUGA